AUGGGUCUCAGCGAGGACCAGUCCACAAACCAAGGCACUGAGGGCCUCAGAGAGGACCAGUCCACAAACCGAGGUACUGUGGGUCUCAGAGAGGACCAGUCCACAAACCGAGGCACCGUGGGUCUCAGCGAGGACCAGCCCACAACCCGAGGCACCAUGGGUCUCAGAGAGAACCAGUCCACAAACCGAGGACGCCCGUCACAACCGGGCACCGUGGGUCUCAGCGAGGACCAGCCUACAACCCAAGGCACCGUGGGUCUCAGCGAGGACCAGUCCACAAACCAAGGCACUGUGGGCCUCAGAGAGGACCAGUCCACAAACCAAGGCACCGUGGGUCUUGGAGAGGACCAGUCCACAAACCGAGGCACCGUGGGUCUCAGCGAGGACGAGUCCACAAUCCGAGGCACCAUGGGUCUCAGAGAGGACCAGUCCACAAACCAAGGUACUGUGGGUCUCAGAGAGGACCAGUCCACAAACCAAGGCACCGUGAGUCUCGGCCAAGGACAGUCAACAGAUACUCUCAGGCAGGACCAGUGGACUGACCUAGGAACCAUGGCUCUCCCCAUCCCUGUCCACACCGACCGCACCUACAUCUCCUCCACUAUGAGUCGAGCGGGAGAGAGGACCUUACUGUCUGUGAGCUCCAACAGCACCUCCAUGUACCCUGAGGACUCCACCCGGGGCCUCCCGACGGGCCGCACCGGUGCCAGGGCUGGGGAUGUCACCGACAGGAUACCCUCCACCGGACCUGACCAUGGGCAUGACGCUACGUCUGGGUCUGACUCUCUCCCCCACUCCAACACCAACUCUUCACAAGAGUUGCCUGGUGGUUCUUCUUCCAGAGGGACCAACCCGCUGACUGGACCCCCCAAUGUGACCCAACAGCAGGACCUCACCUCUCUGGUUUCGGAGGGAACCCCCUACUCCACCCCCCCUCUCAGCGUGGCUGAUAACCACAGCAGACGGGACACAGACACAACAGACUCCACUCAGCCCUCCAGAAGCAGGACGUCCCAAACAGAAGAUGGGGUCCCUGAUUCUUCCCAGCCCCCCAUCCUGUUUUCAGGACCCAGCCAUCCCAGCACCAACACCUCUCAGGGAGGAGAUAGAGAUACUCCCUCCAUCAUGGUCACCGGGUCUGGCACUUCCACGGAGUCCUCCACAGGUGCCCUCAGCACCCAGGGGGGCCAGGGUGAGACAGAAGGAGUCACAUCACUCCACACAGAGGACACACCUACCAUCAUAGGUCUGGCUCUAACUACUGCUUACCCGACGCUACGAGAAAGUGCCACCGCCCUGGACGACUUCCUGUCCCGGUUCAUCUCAAGCCAGCCUCCCUUUGUCCCCAAGACAGAGCAGCCAUCGCCGGCGGUGACCACAGAGGUCCUGAUGUCCACCACAUCCGUUACCGUUACGAUGACGUCACAGGUCACUGAGGAGGAGACCUACAGAUUUACUACGGCAACCAGCACCACACUGACACCCCCUCUGGCCACGACAAGGAUGGUUCAGCUUAGCACCACCACCUCCGUCGAAGCCCAGACUCAACCCACCACCAUCCCUACCACCAUUACCACUGAGACCACUCUGGGUCUCCAGACCUCGGCUUCAACCCCCCAGCGCCCAGCUACCCUUCAGACCCAGACCCAGGAGCCCUCAACAGGGGUGAGCUUCACCGACGUCACCAGCUCCACCGAUGUAACCACCUUGCACCUGGAGACCAGCACGGCCACACCGGGGAACACCACGCCCCACAGCGGCCAGGCCAUCACCACCACCACUACUACAGCCUCCUCUUCCUACAGCCACAGCACCACCACCAGGAGCACAGUGGAACUGCACACUACAGGGAAACACACUGACAGGGGGACCACUGAUGUAGAAGUGACCACAGCUCCAAUGGACAUCAGAUCUACACCUCAGACACCAGGUAGUGCCUGUGAGCCCAACCCCUGUCUGAAUGGAGGUGGGUGUGGACAGACCGAUGGAGGGGGGGAAUUCACCUGUUACUGUCUGUCAGCAUGGACAGGACCUACUUGCAAUGAGGAUGUGGAUGAGUGUGAGAGUGGCCCCGGCCCCUCAGGCCCGUGUCCCAGUGACUCUGCGUGUGUUAACACCAGGGGCUCCUUCAGCUGCGAGUGUCCCCUGGGCCUUGACAUUGAGAACGGACGAGACUGCACGCGAGCAAAAACUUUCUUAGGGACGUUCAGUGUCAACAACUCUUACUAUGACCCACUGCUCUCCAGGAGUGCCACACUGCAUGAGAUCCAGAGAGAGAUCAACCAGCUGCUCAAUGCCUCAUUAUCAAUUCUGCGUGGUUACCGGCGCUCUACUUUGAGUAAAAAAGGGGAAGACGGAGUUCAUAUCUCUGCUGUCAACAUGUUCUCCCUCUCUGCUGACGUGACCAGCUCUGAGAUCUACGACAGCAUACAGAUGUCUCUGAACAACUGUAACAGCACUGCUGGACACUGCAGAGUGGUGGUCACUCACCAGCUCUCCUAUCAAGUUGAGAGUCUGUGUCUGGCUCAGAACACCCAGUGUCACCUAGAGCGUUCCUUCUGUGCCGACUCCAAUGGGACAGCCAUCUGCCAGUGUCAACCAGGGUACUUCAAACUCAACCCUGAGGACCAGUCCUGCCUAGAAUGCGGUGAUGGUCUGAAACGGAUCAAUGGAACCUGUGUCAGGUGCACAUUUGGAUUUGGAGGAUUCAACUGUGGAAAUUUCUACAAGCUGAUAGCUGUGGUGGUAUCGCCAGUAGGGGGUGCCCUACUCCUUGUUCUCAUCAUCGCUCUCAUUGUCACUUGCUGCAAGAAAGACAAGAAUGACAUCAACAAGAUAAUUUUCAAAAGUGGCGAUUUUCAAAUGUCGCCGUAUGCAGAGUUCCCAAAGAGUAACCGUGUUUCUAUGGAGUGGGGGAGAGAGGCCAUCGAGAUGCAGGAGAACGGUAGCACCAAGAACCUGCUACAAAUGACAGACAUCUACUACUCU